UUAUAAAUGUAAUAAUCAUGGCUAAUGAAACUGGGUGGCAGUGAUGCAGCGAUUCGUUUCACUACACAAUGAAAAUCAAUGCACACAUUUUAACAUCAACAUUUUAUUGUGAUCCAUACUUUCUGCAGGUGAACAUUGAUUUGCUAUGACUUUUUAAAAAUAGUUUUUCACUAUGUACAAAACUGAUUUGAGUUUGAAAAAGGUGAAUAUCUUAACAAUGGCAUAUUAUUAACAAGAUCCCAAGGUUAUGGUUAUUUAUGACAUGGCUACUAUGACUGAUAAGCUGUUUAUUAUGAGACAUUGACCUCCAUGAUGACUGAUUAAAAAUAGCUCCACUAAAGGCUGUUAAAGGAGAAACACAAGCUGGUAAGCUACAACAGCUAAGCUAGAACAAUUGAAUUAAAACGGGGUACUUUGAAUGAAUGGUGUGUGUGUGUGUGUGUGUGUGGAGGGGGGUCUGACGUGAUGAAGGCUCAGUGUGUGAGCUGGUCUGAAUGAAGCUGGUCACAGUGAGCAAGCUUCCCGGUAAACUGAUCCUGGAGCAGCCUGACUGAGAGACUCAGGCAGUCCUGUGCUCGCAGCGUGUCGGACAUCCGAGCCGCUUUGAGAUCAGCUCCGUGAUCCCUGAGCUCUGCACGGAGAAUCCUCUGGAUGCGUGUUUGACCUGAGCCUAGUUCCAGAGGCUUUCUGUAUGGACAGGCAGGAGAGGCAGGCGGUGCAGCGGGCCAAGGAGGCCUUCCUGAGCGGCAGGACUCGCCCUGUGGAGUUCAGACUGCAGCAACUUCACGCCCUGCAGAGGAUGAUCACUGAGAAAGAGACCGAGAUCGCCACUGCUCUCAAACAGGACAUCAACAGGAGCCAGUACGACACACCGCUCUUGGAGCUGAUCGGCAUUGAGAAUGAGAUCAAGCUGGCUAUAGAGAAACUGGCAGAGUGGGCGGCUCCACGGCCAGUCGAGAAGAACCUCCUCACUAUAUCAGAUGAGGUUUACAUCCAGCUGGAGCCCCUGGGAGUGGUGCUCAUCAUCGGGGCCUGGAACUACCCCUGGGCCCUCACCCUCCUGCCGCUGGUUGGAGCUAUCGCUGCUGGCAAUGCGGCUGUGGUGAAGCCGUCCGAGCUCAGCGAGUACUCGUCCCUCCUCCUCCGGGCUCUGCUGCCACGCUAUCUGGACAAGGAUCUGUACCCAGUAGUGACAGGUGGAGUGUCAGAGACCCAGGAGCUGCUGAGGUUCAGGUUUGAUCACGUCUUCUACACAGGGGGCAGCACAGUGGGUAAACUGGUGAUGGAGGCUGCAGCUCGCCACCUCACCCCGGUGACCCUGGAGCUGGGAGGGAAGAGCCCCUGCUACAUCGACAAGAACUGUGACAUCAGAAUUGCCUGCCGUCGUAUCACAUGGGGAAAGUUUGUCAACUGUGGUCAGACGUGCAUCGCUCCAGACUACAUCCUGUGUGAACCCUGCAUCCAGGGCAGAGUGGUGGAAUGCAUCCGACAAACUCUACUGGAAUUUUAUGGUGCCGAUCCCAAAUGUUCACCAGACUAUGGCCGAAUCAUCAACCAGCGUCAUUUCAACAGAGUCAUGGGUCUGAUGGAGGGUUACACUCCUGUGGUGGGAGGACAGAAUGAUGCCUCACAGCGCUACAUUGCCCCAACAGUGCUGAAGGACGUGCCCCCUCACUCCAGGCUGAUGCAGGAGGAGAUCUUCGGCCCCCUGCUACCCAUAGUGACUGUGAGUGACAUGGAUGAUGCCAUCCGCUUCAUCAACGAGAGAGAGAAACCUCUGGCCCUCUACAUCUUCUGCUCUGAUAAGAAAGCAAUAAAAAGGAUGAUUGAGGAGACCACAAGUGGAGGAGUGACGGUCAAUGACGUUAUGAUGCACUACACGCUCAGCUCUCUCCCGUUUGGUGGUGUUGGUCAGAGUGGUAUGGGCCGCUACCACGGUAAACACACCUUUGACCAGCUGAGCCACCAGAGGGCGUGCCUGGUCCGCUCUCUGGGCAUGGAGAGUGUCAACCUGGCCCGGUACCCUCCUCAGGACCGCCGGCGGGCGCGCAGGGUGCGGAUGGCCCUCAAGUCACCCCUGAUCGACAUGUCCAAGAGGACGUUAAUCUGGGCCGUCGUUGCCACCAUAAUUGGCUUUGGCCUAUUCAUCACCCUGCUAAUCGUCCUGCUCAUAGCUGCAGGCCUCAACUGCACUUGCUGGUACUGGAGAGGAUUUUAUAACUAGAGACACUGCAACUUCCCUUUGUUAAAUCUAUCCAAAGAAGAAAAAGUGCCUGCUGCAACGAUGUUAAGAACACACCUGAACACACUGAAUCCUGUUUUGUAUUCAGAUAUUUUAGAUAGAACGUAGGAUAACCCUUUUAUCUAACUUUUAUUAGCUGUGUGUCUAUUUUGUAUCAGAUGUCCUCCUUCAGCAAUAAGACAAACAAGGUUAAACAUUGUUAAAAAACAUUGUGCUGUCCUGCAUUCUUCAUCACUGGAACAUAACAUUCACUUUUUGAGGAAGUAAAAAUUGGAACGAUGAACUGAGAAACCCACAGUCUACUUACAAUAAUCCACAGAUAAAGCAUGUAUGUAUUUUGCUUGUGUUACUCCAGAAUAAAAGAGUUGUUGAUAUAUUA